AUUGCACCUACAGAGGAGGGAGGAGUCGGGACAGGAGCGUCAAAGAUAAAAGCGCAGACAGAGUGAAUAUGCAGGGUAGCUGCUGUUACUGAGUCGAGAUAAAGAGCUCAACAUGGGUAACUGGAUUAUUAACAAUGGACUUACAUCCUUCAUACUGGUGGUCUGGAUGGGCAUCAACCUCUUCCUUUUUGUCUGGUUUUACCAAUUAUACGAUUUGGGUGAUGACUUUUUCUACACACGUCAUCUGUUAGGGUCUGCCUUGCCCUGGGCCAGAGCUCCUGCUGCUGUCCUCAACUUUAACUGCAUGCUGAUCCUCCUCCCGGUGUGCAGGAACCUGCUGUCACUGCUCCGAGGCUCCUUCGUGUGUUGCGGCAGAACAAUGAGGAAACAAUUGGAUAAAAAUCUGAGUUUCCACAAGCUGGUGGCGUACAUGAUAGCUCUGAUGACAGCCGUGCACACGGUUGCCCAUCUGUUGAACGUGGAGUGGUUCAACAACAGCAGACGAGGAGUGUAUGAUGAACUCAGCACUGCUCUGUCCAACCUGUCGGACUCAGAAAACACCACCUUCCUGAACCCAGUCCGCAGAAUAGACAUUAAUGCGCAGCAGACUCCAACCUACUUCGUGUUCACCACCAUCGCUGGUCUCACAGGGGUCAUCAUCACUCUGGCCCUCAUCCUCAUCAUCACCUCCUCCAUGGAGGUCAUCAGACGCAGCUAUUUCGAAGUCUUCUGGUACACCCACCAUCUCUUCGUCAUCUUCUUCAUUGGUCUCGUGUUUCACGGAGCCGGAUUCAUCGUGAGGAGACAAAAGAAAACGAAUCCACCACACAACUUCACCUUUUGUAAAGACCGCAGUGAUGACUGGGGAAAGAUUCCUGAGUGUCCCAUCCCUCAGUUUCAGGGAGGGCCAGCACAGACCUGGUGGUGGGUGAUCGGUCCAAUGAUUCUGUACAUCUGUGAACGUGUGUUGCGUUUCAUCCGUUACAUGCAGACAGUGCAAUACAGGAAGAUCGUGAUGCAUCCGUCCAAAGUGCUGGAGCUGCAGCUGGUGAAGGACGGUUUUAAAAUGGAGGUGGGUCAGUACGUCUUCCUCAACUGCCCGGCCAUCUCCCAGCUGGAAUGGCACCCGUUCACCAUGACCUCCGCUCCCGAGGAGGACUUCUUCAGCGUCCACAUCCGCUCGGCCGGGGACUGGACUGACAAACUCAUCGACAUCGUGCAGAAUCUACCAGAGGGAGCACAGGGACCCAAAAUGGGUGUGGACGGACCCUUUGGCACAGCCAGCGAGGACGUAUUCGACUACGAGGUCAGCAUGCUGGUCGGUGCCGGCAUCGGAGUCACUCCCUUCGCCUCCAUCCUCAAGUCCAUCUGGUACAAGUUCAAAAUCUCCAACUCUAAACUGCGCACCAGGAAGAUCUACUUCUAUUGGCUCUGCCGGGAAACACACGCCUUUGAGUGGUUUUCUGACCUGCUGCAGGUGCUGGAGAAAGAGAUGGAGGAGAGAGGAAUGGGGAAUUUCCUCACCUACAAACUCUAUCUGACUGGAUGGGAUCAAAAUCUUCGUUUUCAUGAAGGGGUUCACUUUGAAGAGGAUAAAGAUGUGGUCACUGGGCUCAAACAGAAAACUCACUAUGGCAGACCCGCCUGGGACAAGGAGUUUGAACAAGUCCGCAAAGAGAACCCCACGUCUGUGGUUGGGACUUUCCUGUGUGGCCCUGCAGUUCUAGCAAAAGUCUUAGAAAAGAAAUGUGCCAAAUACUCAGACGUGGAUCCUCGGAAAACCAAAUUUUACUUCAACAAGGAGAAUUUCUGAGUGAAAGAAAACAAGAACACAGCAUUUGGGCGUUUUAAGACAGACAACCUGUGGUACUAGCUGGGUGUGUUUUGACACUAUACUGCACACUGAUAAAGAAGCAGGGCAUGUCCUUUUAUCAGCAAAACUCAGGGACAGACUCUUUCAUAUCUUGUGAUUCACUGACUCAUGGCUUUUACGGUCAAUUGCACUCAGAUUUUCACUCAUUGUACGACUGAUUUGAAAGAUGCACUUCUGGUGAAGCCCUCGUAGUUCCUGAUGGCCUGAGGCUCUAUAGAUUAUAAGGAAAUAUUUUACCGUUACAAGACAUCAGGAUCUCAAAGGUUUUGUCCGUGUAGUACACUUGUUGUUAGAACAUCAUAUGGAUAGCUACGGAUAUUUUCCUGUGUGAAUGUCAGAAAAAAAUGCCCAGAUCCCAAAUUUAUGUCUUCUAUUUUUCAUUUUAUCCAACCAAUAGUCCAACACUCAAAAAUUCAGUUUAUUAUCACAUGCAACAAAGAAAAGCAUGAACUCAUCAUAUUUAAGAAGCUGGGGCCAGUGAAUUGGUAUUUUUCUUGAAUGACAAACCGAUAAAUCAAAAUGUUGAUUUAUUUUCUUUGGAUCAAUUGUUUAAGCCUUACAUUUUUUCCACUCAAAAGAGAAUUGGCCUAUACGAUCAAAUACACUGUAAAUACUAUACAUAUGUUGUGUUCUUGAGCUUCUGUUACUUUUCUUAAGAUUUACUGGUUAAGGGAACAGGCUCCUUGGAAACGGACAAUGGUUUAUUAUGAACAGAUUAAAGUCUGUGGCAUUUCCUUCUCAGAGUGAUAACACAAGUUAACCAGGAGGAAGUCUUCUGUCACGUAGCCUGUGGUUAAUCAUCCUCCAACGACGCGGAAGGACUUAUUGUCACAGAAAUUAUUUUAAGUUUACUAUUUGCUGUUUUUUCAUCAUGUUUCUUGUAUACAACUCCAAACUCAUUUUGAAUAAAUGAAUAUAACAAUAUCUUUUCUUUUUUUUUAUUGACAAAACAAUAUCCAGACAAACAGUUUCCAGAGCCGAUAACAUGCAAACAGUCGGCUUUGGAGUAAAAGGAUGAAACCUAACGACAAUCCAGUCCUGAUCUUUUUAUUGGUUCAGCAUUCAUCAUCCACUCAAAUGUCUCACAAGCAACAACCUGACUCUUUCAUACAGAAAAUAU